AUGGUCGUGAGCGAUUUGGAUCCAAUUGCUGGAAAGGACCUGGUGCUGCCAUUUCUCCCUGCCCUUCAAGAAAUAUUCAGCUUGCCAUGCUCGAUUUCUUGCACCCGUGAUAUGGAGAAGGUCAGCUUUGAGAACAUGCAACUGUCGACCCAGGGUGCUGAGAGACAGCGAAAAGAUAUCCUCAAGACUGCUCUCCGAUUUGAACAGCUGUUAGUUGAGCGCCGACGCACCUCCUCAGACAUGAACGACUCAGAGAUCCUUGCAGAGCUUGUGACCAAAUACAAUCAGUAUCGUGCAAAUGCUGCAAUCAAGAAAUGGCAGGUGUCGGCCGAUGGUCACCAGGCCAUUUGGGCCAUCAUCAUUGGCCUAGAUGAGAUCUCGCGGAGUCUCAUCAAGCAACACCUUGAUCACAACAAGUGGGAGGAGAGUGGAUACAAUGAAGCACUGCUGAAGGCCAAACGCCACCAGCUGAAUGAGACAGUAAAGGGGUGCAAUGCUGUGUGGCAAGCAAUUUUGGUGGUAACACCAGAAGUUCAGCACCUUCACAUCAAGAAGUACAACAUGUGGUGGGCCAUGAAUUGUCGCAAAAUGAAGCGCUCCAUGAGGUCACGUCAUCGAUGGUCUGAGGAGAACUGGAACCGGAACGUGGACCAUUGCUGUGUGGCGGUUUGGGCAUGCAACGAGAUUGCCAAGAUGAAUGACCCACGGAUCACGCAGACUAUGGAUUAUUCACAAGACAUUGAUGCCAUGUUGAUUGCCAAGCCUGUUCGCAUGACUGUUGAGAGCUUGGUGAUGUUCCAAGACCACAUUGGCAAGCCACUAGCCAAAAGCAGUUCAGUACCUGGUGCUAUGAUGGCAGACUCCGCAGAAGUGGAUGAGGCUCAGGAACAGCUAUCUGCAGCUGAGUACGCAGUAGUUUGUGCUUCACUCGCUGCUGACUUCAAAGAAGCUGUGGCCUACAACCUCAGGGUAAACAAGGUGCUUCACCUUCGAGACCAGAUUCAGACUGGACUCCAGCUUGCAGAUCGGUGUAUGGAGCGUCGUUGCAUGAUGCUGUGCACAGACAAGCCCACGGACUCGCUGUCUACAUUCAUGAGACGAGUGGUGCAGGAAGCUUCACAGUGCUUUCCUGAAGCUGAGCUUCAGUGCACACACCACAUCGGGUACCUUGACACCACCAAGUAUGGAAGAUUGGGGAUGCCUGAAAUCAACGAGAUGGCUUCUUGGACACUUCGGACUUUGAAUCUGAAACCAGAGCGCAGUUCCUUGGUCUUCAAUUUCACAUGGUAUGUGUGCGAUUACGUGACACCGGAAAGUGGAACGUUUUUCUCCCAUGAGACAGGGCGUUCGCUCACCGACAAAGAAGAUGGAGCUCAGUGGUUUUCGGCGCCAGCAACCAUCAAGUCGAUUUUGACUGCUUGCUUGAGCAAAGUCUCGACCGUCAAGGGACAGAUCUGCGUCAUUCACCACUACUCCAUGUACGAGGGGGCCUUCGAGAAAGUUGCAAUCGAUCUGAUGACUGAACUCCAAAGCAACGCCUACCUCGCCUGCUACAGCGAGACUGCGCACCCUUUGCUUUUCCAGUUUGCAUUGGGGCAAGUGAAGGACAAGCUUCUGGAGGACUCAUUGAAUGUGCAAAUGUUGGAAUGGAAAGGAGGGACUGGGCUCAUGGGGGCCUUCAGUCCCAAAUUCUGCCCUGAACCAGACCAGAGUGCCCUGAUGGUCCCACGGAUGCCUGAGCUGAAGCUUUGCCGCAUGGUUGGAAAUGGCCAUCUGGAGAUUCCACAAGAAGUGAGGGCCAAGUGGUUGGGAGAUCCAGGUUUGAAGGGUAUUUGUUGCUUGGUUGAGUUCAACUUUUGUGUUCUGAUCCAAGACCCUGACUGGCGAGUUCGCCUGAAGAACUUCGACUCAGUCUUUGCUCCUACCGACAACCCAACAGCAGCUCCAGCUCCUGAGCCUGUCCCACAAGAUGCCAACAAAGACCUGGGGCAGGAUCUGCCCACUCCAGAACGUGCUGUUGAUGGGCAGACAUUGUUGACCCCGCCAGCUUUGAGUAAAGAGGACUUUGAUGCACAGUACAAGGAUUGUGAGGUGAAGGCAGUGACUUUGUCGGUGGGUGCCCAAAAUCUCACAUGCAGCAUCGUGAACGACAAGGUGUACCUGAGCACAACAAUGAACUCACCUUCACGUUUGUUGGGGGUUCAGACUCCAUCCAGCAAGCCGCUGUUCCUCUAUGCCGGCGGAAGCUGGGGAGCUGCUCAGUUUUCAGGCUUUGAGGUUAUGCGACAACCCUGCAAGGCCAAGGACUUCUUGUCGAAAGAGGCCAACCAAAACAAAGCUGUGGAGUUCCGUCUGUCUUCGGGAGACGAACUGGUGUGCCUCGAGGAGCAAAGCCCUCAGGGCCUGGUGGACAUUGGGCCGUUCACAGUGUACAAGAUGAUUGUGGGUUUUGAGAAAAGGGCAUGA